CCAUACAUUUCACUCUGUCCUUUUGUUCCCCUAAUCCAAUAAAAAUACAUCCACACAUCCUCCUAAAGAGAAAACAAUAGAAACAUAGGAAAAAUACCAGAGAGGAAGUGAUGCCAAUGACACAAAUAUUUAGAGAAAUAUUAUUUCAAGAACCAAGUUUAAUUUUCAACAAAAUCAUGGUAGUGAUGAAUUUAGUAUUUUCUGCAAUAUUGGGUAUUUCAGAAGCUUUUGGAAAACAGAAUCUUGAAUAUUCAAAGUUCUGGAAUUUGAAUUCUAAGAAGCAAGUCAAAGCUAAGGUCCCAAGUAGAAUGGGAAUGCUUAUAGCUUAUACCCCUAGUCUAAUAGCAUGUCUAAGUUUCUUUUGGAUCUUCCCAAAUGGCGGAAUCAGAUUUUUCAUGCUCAACUCUGCUAUUGCCCUUCACUUCUUCAAAAGAGUUCUUGAGGUUCUGUUUGUGCACAAGUAUAGUGGUGCCAUGGCUAUGAACUCUGCAAUUACUAUUUCCUCAUCCUACUUGAUGGCCUUUUCAAGCCUAAUAUAUAUUCAACAUUUGACUGAAGGAUCAUCAGAGCCAAAUAUUGACUUGAAGUACCUUGGUUUUAUUGUAUUUAUGGUGGGAAUUAUUGGCAAUUUUUAUUACCAUUUUCUCCUUUCUAAUAUGAGAAAAAAGGGUGAAAAUGGUUAUAAGAUUCCCAAAGGUGGCCUAUUUAACUUAGUUAUAUGCCCUCAUUACCUUUUUGAGAUUGUCACAUUUCUUGGGUUUUCUCUUAUUAGUCAAACUUUGUUUUCUUUUUCUUCUACCAUAGGCACAUCAUUUUAUUUGAUGGGGAGGAGUUAUGCUACUAGGAAAUGGUACCUAUCCAAAUUUGAAGAUUUCCCUAGAACUGUCAAGGCUUUAAUACCUUUUGUAUUUUAAAUAAAUUUACUGUAUAUCAAAACUGCUAUGAUCAAUUAAGAUAUCUUGAAUUCUU